GUCCAAUUUCACUUCUGUUACCAGGCAUCGAGGAUUGGUGGUCGCCGAAUAAUACAUGCAGUCCUUACGUCUGGAGCGGUGGGCGACGUCGUUGCAGCAGGCCCCAAGAAAUCCACGGUUACGGGCACUGGGUGUAUGUCCCUAUUCAUCAUCAUCAGCAGCAGCAUCAGCAUCAGCAUCGACGACAGCGAGAGUACCGAGACGGGAAUUGCAGACGCGAUAUCAGCAUCACCAGACACAAUGGCUGCACCAACGACGAGGAGUGGCUUCGAGACGGAAAGCUAGCACUUCUGCUGCAGCGGAGCAAGUGCAGCAGGAGGAGGCACAAGAUUGGGAUGGUUUUGCCACAGAUGGAAUGGUAGAGGUUGUAGUGGAGGAAGAACCUGGUAAACACUCGCUCAACUUCCCUUCACACCGUCAAGCUGUGAAGAGCGCGAAGCUGGCAGCUCUGCAUGCCCGAUUGUCUCUUCCCACGAAACUUCCUCUCCAGACGUUGGCGCGAUGUUUGAUCGAUCCGAGCGUGGAUCCACGGCCGGGAUACAACAAUGCUCCUCUGGCGGUUCUGGGGCAGGAAUUGCUGGGAUACUACACCACGGAAUGGCUGAUUUGCAAGUAUCCGCGACUACCUCUGUCCAUCAUCAUGGCUGCUGCGUACGGAUACUUGGGAAACAAGACACUGAACAACAUGCGUCUGGAAUGGGGUGUGGAAGCUGUUGCGGCACCUGGACCGGAAGUCGAUGCAGGAUUACUGCAAUUGAAGAGAACGACACCGGGGAAUGCAAUGUCUGAGGACGGGAUGAAUCGAGUGAAAGAUGUGGAAGAACGACCGAAACAAUACAAAACAUACAGCAGUUCCAUUGUCCACGAUGACAUGUUCGGCCAGCCCCAGGAUUUCCCUGCAUUGGACCAUUUCGACAGGAAGCCCUAUGCAGGCGCACCCAUCUCCAGACGCGAACAAGAGGUAGAAACAGCCAGCAGAGACCCAGACAUGGCAGACUCGAUCGGCGUCGGUGUGGAGGACCUGGAGCCAGAAGCUGACGCUGGAAGAUUCGCACUCCAGCCCUCCAGCGCCGUUGACAUGAACACGUCCCCUGUCAUCCUCGAAGACGCCAGUGCCGGGUUCGUCCGGGCCCUCGCCGGAGCAUUGUACCUUCACGCGGGAACUGCAGCAGUCAAGAAUUUCCACAAGGCGCAUAUCCUCUCUCGUCAUUUGCCAUUGCACACCAUGUUCAGUUUUAGACACCCGACACAGGAUCUCUCGAAACUCUGCCGGAGAGAAGGGUGGGAAAGCCCGGUGGCGCGACUGAUAUCGGAAACUGGACGAUUGAGUCGGACGCCCGUGUUUAUCGUGGGCGUCUUCAGUGGGAACGACAAGCUGGGCGAGGGCGCAGGUAGCUCACUGAACGAGGGACGGGUACGAGCUGCUGCGGAUGCAUUGCGGAGUUGGUACCUGUACAGUCCGAUGGAGAGUCAGAUUGUGUUACCGAGUGAAGUGGAAGGCAGCAGCAGCAGUGACAGUGGUGACAAUUGGAAGAAUGCGCAGGGAACGACGACGACGAAGAAGAAAUGGAUCCCACAAUAUAUUGACAUGGGAGAGAUUGUGGCAUAAGAAGGACACUUGUACUAUCUAUGUAUUAUGGCACGGCUCUCUUCUUUUUCUUCUGACGGGAUCAGUCAGUCCGUCAUUCCUCCUGUUGUAAGCCCCCAGAUCUUGUACAAAGUGUAUAAAUUUUGUUGUCAUUACGAGGUGAAAGAGGAAGGGAAG